AUGGGCGAUCUCAACGUGGAUGCGAUAGACAGUAACCAUCCAUCCACCAAGCAGCUAAUCGAUCUGCUGAGGUCAUUUGGCUUUGAACUGUUGGCCAAAACUCCAACGAGAUUUCGUAACGAGUCCCGCUACUGGGUACAGCGGGUCCUACAGCCGGCGGUGGUCCUUGUGGGGGUGGUGGGCAACCUGAUCACCAUCAUAGUGUUGACCCGCCGCCGCAUGUCCUCGUCUACGAACACUUACCUGACAGCUCUGGCCGUCACGGACCUCGCCUACCUGACCUGUGUCUAUACCGUCAGCUACGAGAAUCACCCGGGCAUCACGGGCGUCGAAGUACCUCUGGUACUGGCGGCCUCUGGAAAGAACGGCCAUCUGGAUCGUCGAACCUGCACAA